AUGAAUGGGCAGCAGCGGCUGCUGCGGCGACCGCUGCCGCCACUGCGAGUGGCGUUGCUCCUGUUGCCGCUAUUACUAUGUUUGGGCAUGUUGCUGCUGGAGGCGCCUCCAGCAGGAGCGUCAGUACUGCGGACAUGGCGCUGUAGCAGCUCCACCAGCAGGAGGCACAACCAAUCUGCUACUGCAUUUGUUGGGUUGUUGCCGACGCCGGCAGGUCUAGCAAACAACGGCAGUGCAAACAACGCUACCAACAACACAAGCGCCUUAUUCUCUCGGGGGCGUUUUAGACUGCACCCGCGCCUGCGCGUGCGCCACUUGUCCAGGGACAGCGGCAGCAGCCACUUGCUUGAGCUGUCUCGACAACGGCUCUUGUUGGAGCGCGAAGGAGACCUCCAGAAAUAUCUCGACCUACCUUUGUUGCCUUUCCCAGUUGAGGGGGAGGUCCACUCGCAACGAAAGAGAAGCAAAACGCCUCCACCAGGAGGCCCUCCCCCUGGACCUCUGCUGCUGUAUAGAAAAGCAAAGCAGCUGCUGAUGAGACACAGCGGCACCAGCAACAACAGGCAGGUGCUGAUGUUGCGCGACAGAUUGUCUGUAUUAGUACAAAAGCAACGAGAACUACUGGUUGACUCGAAGCAAUCGUCAGUUGAGCUAUUGCGGAAGCUGUGGGACAUUAAGGCAGACGAACCUUACAUGCUACAGCAGCAAGAGCUGCAGCAGCAAAAGCCGCAUCAGCGACAGCAGCACAGGCGUUAUGAAAGGGAAAACUCGUUGGUACAGGGGCGGCGGACUCGGCCUUUAGGGAGUCGUUUUCUGUUCGUUUGCGGGAUAGACCUGCGGAUGGCAGGAACUGACCUCGAGAACAUAUUUCAGACUAUCACAGAGCACCCCGUGUAUGCGAGGUUGAAAAGAAACGCAGAGGGUCGGCAUUUGGGAUUUGGCCUUGUGGAAUUCGGCUCAACGUUGGACGCUACACGGUGCUUGCUUCAACUAAACGGCAUCAAGAUAGGGAACAGCACCAUCCGGCUGGGGGAAGCUCUAGGAAAAGCCAAAGAGCCAGCACCAUCUUCUGACCAGGAGGAGCAGGAGCAGCAACCGCAGCAGCAGCAGAUAAAACAUCAUAAAGGCGACAGUAGGACCAGUAGGCGGAGCACGAAUGCGAGGUACAUACACCCCUACCCUCUUCCGUGUGAGUAA